AUGCAUAUCACUGUUAUUGAAAAAUUCAGUGACAGACCUUUGAAUGAUGAGGAUCUCCCUACCAUUGAAAAGAUAGUUAGGAUAUUAAUUGAUGGAUUCCAUUCAAAUUGUCCAGAUGCUUUAGGAUUUACUGUUGAAGGAUUGACUUUAGUUAGUGAAAAAGGAUUUAUUAGAAAACUUUUAAUUUUGAAUCAAGAUUUGGAUACUUCAAUUGCUUAUGGAAUUUCAACAAUCACAAAAAACUUAUUAUUGGUUAAGGAAAUUCAAUCAGAAGAAGAUCAAGUCACUGGAAUAUUACGUAAAUUAGCAACUCAUCAGAACCAACCUAAACAAAACAAAAUAGAAGAAAUUGAUCAAGAUGAUUUUAUUGUAAUAGAAGAUGAAGUUUAUUGGAUCUCUAAUUUGAUCUUUAAAAAUCAUGUCUUAGUGGGAUUAGUGGGAAAAUCGAGUAAAUCUGAAUGUCACAUAGUUUGUAGAUUGACUGUCUUAAGUGUGAACAACAUAGGGGUUGGGUUUCAAAAUGCAAAAGUGUGA